GGGCGAGGCGACUUUGGGAUUCGGGCAAUGGAUCAACGCCCUAUAAAGCCAGCUCUAUCGCCCUCAAGACCCGAGUCUGAGUGGCGACGUCAUUGACUUUUUUUUCUCCCUGAAACACUGCUCUACCUAUUCGUGUAUACAGCCACCAACAUCAUCAUGCCUAUGGUAACAGCAGCCACAAGCCUGCGGCAGGCUCUCGCGGACCCUGAGGCAUUCGUCGUCGCUCCCGGAGUGUAUGACGGUUUCUCCGCUCGCAUUGCUCUCGGGGCAGGCUUCAAUGCCCUCUACAUGACGGGUGCCGGUACGGCUGCCUCCGUCCACGGCCAUGCGGAUUUGGGUAUUUGCACCCUCAACGACAUGCGCGCCAAUGCGGAAAUGAUCUCCAACCUUUCCCCCACUACGCCCGUCAUUGCCGAUGCAGACACCGGAUAUGGCGGCCCAAUCAUGGUUGCUCGCACGACUGAACAAUACUCGCGCUCCGGAGUUGCCGCCUUUCACAUCGAGGACCAGGUUCAAACGAAACGCUGCGGCCAUCUCGGAGGCAAGAUUCUCGUGGAUCAAGACACCUACGUGACGCGGAUUCGCGCCGCCGUGCAGGCUCGUCAGCGGAUUGGUAGCGACAUCGUGGUGAUCGCGCGAACGGACGCCCUGCAGGUGCGCGGCUACGAGGAAAGUGUGGCACGACUGCGGGCGGCGCGCGACGCUGGGGCAGAUGUAGGGUUCCUCGAGGGCAUAACAUCUAAGGAAAUGGCUCGGCAGGUGGUGCAGGACCUGGCGGGGUGGCCACUGCUUUUGAACAUGGUCGAGCAUGGAGCGACACCGGACAUUUCGGCGCAGGAAGCCAAGGAGAUGGGAUUCCGGAUUAUCAUCUUCCCUUUCGCAGCCAUCGGUCCAGCUUAUAAGGCCAUGCAGGAGGCGAUGGAAAAGCUCAAGAGGGAGGGCAUUCCGGGAUUGAGCAAGGACAUGACCCCACAGAUGCUGUUCCGUGUUUGCGGGCUCGACGAGAGUAUGAAGGUGGACGCCGAGGCGGGCGGCGCUGCCUUCGAGGGAGGGGUUGAGCUGCAGAAGUAAAUCGUCGCCUUCAAGCUAUGUCUGUCAUGAUUACUGUAUU